AUGGAUACUACCCUAAGUAUAACCAAUGGCUCAAGGUUUCAAGUGACUGAAUUUGUCCUGAUGGGGUUUCCAGGCAUUCACAGCUGGCAACACUGGCUCUCCCUGCCCCUGGCUCUACUCUACCUCUUAGCUCUUGGUGCCAAUCUCCUCAUCUUGAUCACCAUCCAUCAUGAGUCUACCUUACACCAGCCCAUGUAUUACCUCCUUGGUAUCUUGGCUGUGGUGGACAUUGGCCUGGCUACUACCAUCAUGCCCAAAAUCCUGGCCAUUUUCUGGUUUAAUGCCAAGACCAUCAGUCUCUCUGAGUGCUUUGCUCAGAUGUAUGCCAUCAACUCUUUCAUGGGCAUGGAGUCAGGCAUCUUCCUCUGCAUGGCUGUGGAUAGGUAUGUAGCCAUUUGCUAUCCCCUUCAGUACUCUUCCAUAGUCACUGAGACUUUUGUGAUCAAAGUCACACUGUCCAUGAUGCUCAGGAAUGGCCUACUGAUCAUUCCAGUGCCUGUGCUUGCUGCCCAGAGACACUACUGCUCCAGGAAUGAGAUUGACCACUGCCUAUGCUCUAACUUGGGGGUCACCAGUUUGGCCUGUGAUGACAUCACUAUUAAUAGAUUUUACCAUUUGGCCUUGGCCUGGUUUAUGGUUGGGAGUGACAUGGGUCUGGUCUUUGCUUCUUACAUGUUGAUUAUUCGCUCAGUGCUGAGGUUGAACUCUGCUGAAGCAACAUCUAAGGCCCUGAGUACCUGCAGCUCUCAUCUCACCCUCAUUCUCUUUUUCUACACCGCUAUUAUUGUAGUAUCUGUCACCCAUCUGGCAGGAAGAAAGUUUCCCAUCAUCCUUGUUCUUCUCAAUGUGCUGCAUAGUGUCAUCCCCCCAGCCCUUAACCCUAUGGUGUAUGCCCUUAGGACCCAGGAGCUGAGAGUGGGCUUCCAAAGGUUGUUUGGUCUGGGUGAGAAUAUGUCUAGGAAGUGA